CCGCCGCCUCCUCCCCACCUCACCCCACUCCGCUGCCCUCCGCUCCUCACUCAAAGCCCACAAGCCUCGUCCCACCCGCACUCGGCCAUGGGUGGCCUCUCAGUGAUCGCGCCGCCGGCCGGGGACACGGCGUCCCGCCCUCACCGCCGCGCGCGCCGCGCGUUCCUCGUCUCCAACUACCUCAUCCUAGGGGCCGCCUCCGGGUGCGGCUUCCUCACGCUUUCGCUCCGCCUCGUCCCCUCCAUCGACGGCUUCCUCCUCAUCCUCCUCCACGCGCUCACCGUCGCCGCCGCCGUCGCCGGGUGCGCCGUCAUCGCGGCGCCCGAACCGCCCCGGGGCCACUGCUACACGGCGCACAUGGCCGCCACCGUCGUGGUCUCCAUCCUGCAGGGCGCCGCCGCGGUGCUCGCCUUCUCCCGCACCGCAGACUUCCUCGCCGACGGCCUGAGGUCGUACGUCCGCGAGGAGGACGGCGCCGUCAUACUCCGCAUGGUCGGCGGGCUCGGCAUCGCCAUCUUCUGCCUCGAGUGGGUCGCGCUGGCGCUCGCGUUCGUGCUGAGGUACUACGCCUACGUCGACAGGGAGUGCGGCGGCAACCCUCUGCGGCGCAGCGCCAAGGUCGGCGGCGAGGACGGCUCGGGCACCUGGCCCUGGCCGUUCCAGGUGUGAUCGAGCAAGAGAUUCAGUUGCGGAAAGGACUGGUGUCGUCGGAAGCGAGAAGAUUCACCGAGAACUAUGAGUUCUUGGAAGAAAAAAUAGUGUUCUACUGAGAACUAGUAUAUGUGUGGGGAUUGGAUGUGAUAUUAUUCGUUUAUCUGUUUGUGCUGUGCACUGUAAUACAGUAUGGUUAUGUUGUGA